GAAGUCGAGGUCCUACACUGACGACAUCAAGAGGCGACGAAGGCAAUGGAUGAUGGUUUGUCUUGGUGGUUCAUUCCCUUGUAGUUACCCAGUAAUCAUAUAGCCAAAAUAAGUGAUAGUACAUACCAAGAUCUUUAUUGUUGUAAACGUCAGCAUCGUUGGAAUUACUUUUUGCACAAUGGCGCUGAAGUCGGGGGAAGAGCGCCUGAAGGAGAUGGAGGCGGAAAUGGCGCUGUUCGAGCAGGAGGUAUUGGGAGGCCCAGUUGCUGUGACUGCUGGAGCUCCUACGGUAGUUGAGAUGCCUGUCGCCCUUGCUGUACCAGCUAUGCCAAUGAUCAGACCUAUCAUUGGUACAAACACCUACCAACGGGUACAGCAGAGCUUGGAGGCACGGGCGGCCACUUUAGUUGGACCUCCCCCUACCUUUGUUGGUCCAGUGCCUCCAGUCAGACCUCCCCCUAUGAUGAGGCCUACUUUUGUACCACACAUCCUGCAGAGACCAGGUCACAGAAUGCCAAUGAUGCGUGGACCCCCACCUCAGGGCAUGAUGGCUCCGCCGCUGCCCCGGCCCCCUCCCCCUCCCCCCAUGAUGCUGGCCCCUCCCAUGGCUGGCCCCCCUCAGCACUCCAUGGGGCCCAUGGGUCCAAUGCGGCCCCCAAUGGAACCCAUGAACUCCAUGAACUCCAUGACCUCAAUGCCUCCUGGAAGACCUGGUCUUCUUCCCCAGCAGGUCGGGGGAAUGGCUCCCAUGGUGUCCCCACCUCCACGGCCAGUGACUCAGCCGCCACCCAAAGCGACCCCCAGCGUGAUCCAGGCCGCACCCACAGUCUAUUCCGCGCCUCCCACAUCUAAGCGGCAGGACCUCCGAGCGCAACGGCAGGCACGCAUGGAGGAGCUGGCUGCGUCGGUAGCGGAGCAGCAGGCGGCGGCGGUGGCGGCGGGGCUGCUGGAGGCUAAGAAGGAGGCGGCGGCAGCAGCGGCAGCAGCAGCAGCGGCGGCAGCUGCCACAGACGACAGCGUGAUCGGGCCGAGCAUGCCAGAGCCAGAACCGGUCCAGACAGAGCCAGCAGAAGGGAAUGCGGAGGAGAAGAAGAAAGGAAAACAGGAGAAGGUGAAGAAAUGUAUUCGAACAGCAGCAGGCACAUCCUGGGAAGAUCAGAGUCUACUAGAAUGGGAAUCCGAUGACUUCCGGAUCUUUUGUGGUGACCUUGGUAACGAGGUGAACGAUGACAUCCUGGCACGAGCCUUCAGCCGCUACCCGUCUUUCCUGAAGGCGAAAGUGGUGCGGGACAAACGCACGGGCAAAACAAAGGGCUACGGCUUCGUCAGCUUCAAGGACCCCAACGACUAUGUGCGCGCUAUGAGGGAGAUGAAUGGAAAGUAUGUAGGUAGCAGGCCGAUCAAGCUACGCAAGAGCAUGUGGAAAGACAGAAACAUGGAAGUGGUGCGGAAAAAACAGAAGGAGAAGAAAAAACUUGGACUCAGAUGAAGACAUUACAUCUUAUUUGUAUGGGUGUGUGUGUGUUUGUUCUUGUGCGCGCGUAUGAGUGUGUGUGUGUGUGUGUGUUCAGUUGUGUAUACAGGACAUCACCUAAGCCCACAAAGCCAUGCGUGGCAAAAACCCUUCUCCACAUGGAGAAGUAGUGUGUGCAGACACCUCUGCUCUUCCAAGCAGCAUGAUGGAUUAGAACUGACUCUGUAUGGGCCAUGUCCUUU